AGGUCGCCCUCUGGUUUCUCACUUGCUGCCCCUUUAAGACUUAAAGUGGAGGAAAAACGAAAGCGCUGCUGGGAAGGAGGGCGGGGCCGCGUGGUCCCGCCGCCGGCCCGGAAGCUCCGCGACCCGGUUGUCUGCCGUUCUCGGGCGCGCGCCUCAGCUUGGGACCUCGGCCUGGCGCGCGGUUGUACUGAGCAUGAAGAGUCGCGGGGACAGAUGAUAAUCGUGCGGUGUGCUUUCCUUCCGACCGCGGCGUUAGCAAAGCCAGAGGAGGAGACCAGGAGGACCGCGCCUGCUCCUUUAAGAUCGACUCCUGGCCUCCCUUGGAGGACAAUAUCAUGGUCACAAAGCACCUGUUCUAGUCCCGUCAUCUUAACAUUUAACGGUCUAAUUAUGUUAUCCAAGGUGGCCUUGAACUUCUGUGCUGAAGGAAUCUUCCUGUCUCAGACUCUCCAGUAGCUAGGUCUACAGAGAUGCAGAGAUUCCAGUUGUGAUCAAGUUGGGAGACAGCCUCUUGUUCUUUUCCCAUGAGGAACAGCCUUUAUGAACAGCAACACUGAAAGAACUGUUUUGGAAAACGACUCAUGGCUUGGAGCCUAGGUUGGAAAGUUCCCAGGAACCACUGGGGUCUCCUUCUGAAGACUAUAAGAGGCAGUGGUUUCCUCCUGUUACCCUGGGGUUACUGUCCCUGGAGAAGAACAGGAAGCUUUUUGGACCAUGGAAUGAAAGCUUUCCUGGAGGAGAACACUGAAAUCACCAGCAGUGGCAGCCUCACCCCUGAAAUCCAGUUGCGGCUUUUGACCCCUAGAUGCAAGUUCUGGUGGGAAAGAGCUGACCUGUGGCCCCACAGUGAUCCUUACUGGGCAAUUUACUGGCCAGGAGGCCAAGCCUUGUCUAGGUAUCUUUUGGAUAAUCCUGAUGUUGUCAGAGGAAAAUCUGUAUUAGAUAUUGGAAGUGGAUGUGGAGCUACAGCUAUUGCUGCUAAGAAGAGUGGAGCAUCUAGGGUCUUGGCCAAUGACAUAGACCCGAUUGCAGGACUGGCUAUUACACUAAAUUGUGAAUUGAACCAACUGGAUCCUAUUCCCAUUUUAACCAAAAACAUUUUGAAUUUGGAACAAGAUAAGUGGGAACUUGUUGUACUUGGAGAUAUGUUUUAUGAUGAAGAUCUUGCAGAUAGUCUUCAUCAGUGGUUGAAGAACUGCUUUUGGACCUACGGAACUCGAGUACUGAUUGGUGACCCUGGGCGGCCCCAGUUCAGUGGACACAGCAUUCAGCAUCAGUUGCACAAAAUAGUAGAAUAUUCACUUCCAGAGGCUACCAGGAAGGAAAACAAUGGACUAACAACAAGCACAGUGUGGGAUUUUCGGCCUUGAGUUAUCAAAGUGCUUUCAAAUAUGAAUGUUGUUCUGUUUGGAUUUAAUCCUGAAUGUUUUUGUCUACAGAAGCUAAUUCUCUAUUUUAAAGAAUGUAGUUCCCAUUAAAUGGAAAAUUUUGUUUAUAAAACAUGAAGGUUUAAAAUGUU